AUGGUGCUGGCGAUACGAGGCCUAGACGCCACGGUCGAAACCUACGAAGUUGCUGGAGCACCGAGGGAGGCAGGUGUUCACGACCAAGUGACAAUAAACCUCGGGGAGCUGAAAGAUGGAUGGACGGGCCGGAGGACGGCAAUGGUUCGGCUGCCUCAACCGCAGGGACAACGCCUCCUUCAAAGGGGCGUGCUCGUCGUCGGAUGGGCCAAGUGCCGCGCCAAGGUCACCCUAUUCGGGCAGGAGACAUGCUGUUUCAACUGCCAGAAAUUCGGGCACAUCGCACGAGAUUGCACGGAGCCGGCCAACGCGCAGAAGAAAUGCUACAGGUGUGGUAGUGGCGACCACAUCGCAAAGGAUGCAGCGCACCGAUGA